CUAUCAUCAAUGCUACCGUAUGGUAUGGCAUGGUAUGGUCUGGUAUGCACCGCGACGGCGCGACGGAAUCACCUAUGCAUCAACCCACCAGGCGGCCAUGGCAGCAGCAGUACGUACGCCGGUCUUCUCUAUACUCACUCUCUCUCACUCCAUACUCUCUCUCUCUCUCUCUCUCUCUCUCCUGAUUGUUCCUCAGUCUCACGCAGCCAGGGCCCUGAUGAGGCCGGGCUACCAACUCACCAAGGACUGGCUGGCGGAGGGGGCGCGGCGCAUGGUGGCCCCGGCGCCCAAGCCUUCUGCUGCACGCGGGGCAUACGACCCACAGGGGUGGCCACGUUGUCAGGGAAUGCGCCCGUAAUCUGCCCAGCUAACCUCCCAGCUAGCUACUCAAGUUUUUCCUCUGCUCCCUUCUUUCUUUCAAUUUGUUUGCCUCCUUUGUGCAUGUCGUGUUGGUCAGAUUGAUCGUCUUCGUAUCCUGCUGUUUGCCACGCUGAUGCAGAAUCAUACAUAGAUAUAUAUACAUAUCUCCACAUGUCCAUGUAUGUAUGUAUGCCGACAAUCAUGCAUCGUGUGCUAAUUGUGACGCUAUCUACAUAUGUAUGUAUGUAUGUAUCUAUUGAUCGAUCCUUCAACGUCUGAGGUUUCUUUCAUGGCCAACCCCCCCGCCCCCCUGCUCCAUCUUCAACCCAUCAGCCUCACAUGCAGCAGCAACAACAUCAAAUAAAGUGCUUUCCAUAUCGUCCAGCUUGCCUAUACUCAUCAGCGACGGCCGGUAUAGCCGAUUGCAAGCAGCAACUCGACGCUACGGCCACCGAGCAUAGUCAGCCCGGCCUUCGACAGCAUCCAACACUUGAUCCCCUUUUCGCCUAGUCCGCGUCACGGGAUUUCUCACUGCUCACCGUGCGCCUUGCUCUCCUCUGAUUGGGGCUGGAUCGGCAUUAUGCCUGGUCGUUCCUGAAACAUCAAUCCCUGAAAUCCGCUUCGUAGCCGAGAAUCACAAUCUGUACACUACAGCCAUGUGUAAUGUGCAGACUGCAAAACUUGUCCUCGCAUCCAAUCACAUCGUCCUGUUCACUGUUACCAUCCGUUCGGGAACUGCUCCAGAGAUCCCCGUCUUCUGUUCCUUCAUCCACCCUCAUCCUUUCUUUUGGCCAUGUCCAUGUCCAUCGUCUAACUGUCUCAACGGUCAACCGGUACUCAGCUUCAACACCGAUAGAUGGUCUUUUGCUUCUGCCAUCGUGCAGUCUUUCGGUCCGAUUCUGCGUGCCACUAUC